UCUGGCCGUCGGAUCGGCUCGGACAAGUGGGGCCACGCUGGGAAUCGACGGUGGAUCUCCCACCGUCUUAAACUUCAUGUUCUUCUUCUAUAUUGUGCCUGCGAGGCUCCAUCGCUCGCCCCUGACCCUGCAACUUCUGAACACGGUAUCAGGUGGUCAUCAAAGGAGGAGGAAGAGGCACAAGAGAGAGCCACGGAGGUAAUCAGGUGAUCGAGAGGACGGAAAAGAAUACAGAUGGCCGACGUCUGGAAAUCCAAGGUUCUUCCGAGGAUUCGAAUGUUUUUGGUGGCGGCAGCAGUAAGAAGGUUGCUGCUGCCGAGGUUGUCAAGUCCUUUGAUGAAUCAAAGGAGGAGAUCAGCAAGGAGUCUGAAGACAAGAAGUCCGAACUCCAGCCAAAAGUUACAGAAGUUUCUUGAGGAACUAGUAAAGAUUGAGUUCCCGGGCUCGAAGCCUGUCAGCGAGGCCGCCGCCAAGUACGGUCCGGCGUACGUCUCCGGUCCCAUCACGUUCAUGUUCGAGAAAGUCUCCGGCCUUCUCCCGGCAGAAGAGCCCUCUUCCGCCGCCGUCGAGAGUACCUGCAAGGAGGCGACGGCGGAGGCCGCGGAGGAGGUCAAGAAAGAAGAGGCUGAGAAGGUGGAGGAGAACCCUGCUCCUCUUCCUGCCACCGAUACCCCCGCCCCAACCGAGCCUGCGCCGGUACCGGCGCCGGCACAGGAACCUGCAAAGGAUUAAGCUACUGCUCUCCUUGUCACUCCAUGCAUUGUAGACCGACGACGACAACAGCAUCAUAGUUCCGUGUCUACGUGAUUAAGUCUGUGUGUGGUUAAUUAUAUGGGUAUAUGCUCAUGAGUGUUUCUGCUCUCA